GUUCAGGUCUACAGAGAGACUCAGACGGGUUCAGGUCUUAGACUGGUUCAGGUCUACAGAGAGACUCAGACAGGUUCAGGUCUACAGAGAGCUGCUGCUGCUGAUGAAGAUGAUGAAGAUGCUGGUCCUGGUCCUGGUCCCGGUCCUCUCCUGUGUCCUCUGCGUCUCAGCUGACAUUCUACAUCAGGACAUUGGUAUCAUCGGCUGUUCAGACUCUGAUGGAGAGAAGAUGUUUGGUCUGGAUGGUGAAGAGGUUUGGGUCGCAGACUUCAUCAACCAGAAAGGAGUCGAUCCUCAGCCCGACUUUGUGGAUCAUAUGACCUGCCCGGGAGCUUAUCAACAAGCUGAGGCUGAUCUACAGAUCUGCAAACAGAACCUGAAAGUGGAUCUCCAGGCCUAUAAGAACCCUCCUCUGCAGCGCGAUGCUCCUUCCAGUCCGAUGAUCUACGCCCGAGACGACGUGGAGCUCGGAGAGAAGAACCACCUCGUCUGUCAUGUGACUGGUUUCUAUCCGGCUCCUGUAAAGAUCGACUGGACAAAGAACGGAGAGAACGUGACCGAAGGAACCAGCAUCAACGUUCCCUUCCCCAACAAAGACGGUUCCUUCAGACAGAUGUCCACACUGGAGUUCGUCCCACAGCUGGGAGACAUUUACAGCUGCACAGUGAAACAUCUGGCCCUGAACCAACCACUGACCAGGCUCUGGGAUGUGAAGGAGAAGACUCAGCCCGGUAUUGGACCUGCGGUGUUUUGUGGACUCGGUCUGACGGUCGGUCUGCUCGGUGUGGCUGCUGGAACCUUCUUCCUCAUCAAAGGAAACGAAUGCAGCUGAUUGGCUAGGGGUAAUGAUGUCACUGAAGUGUAUCCUACUGGCCCCUGAUCUCAUAUGUACAUUAACUAAUUCAGGCUGAACUGAUCCUCUAAAUUCUGAUUUUCAUGUCUCUGGUUUGAAAGCAGUUAAACUACUGAUUCGUUAUCUCAGAUGAAGUCACCGUGAAUAACAGCGUGCUACGUGAGGAGCGUUGAAACCGUGAUCAGCUCUCAUAUGAUUGGCUGAGUGCUGAUCAUGUGAUUGUCCUCAUAAGUAGCUACAAACAGCACGUUUUUACAGAAGCACAUUGCAUUCACAAAGAAAACAAAUUGUAGAUGUUUUCUCACAGUUAUGAGCUUAGCUUAGCAUGUUUUAGCUGUUUUUGCACUGCAACCAUCUUAAGAUCACUCAAAUUACAAAAACAUUUUCCUCUCUUCCCUCUGCAGCUUUAUGUGUCUCUGAUAUUUCUGUUUCCACCACAACACAGAGCAGGCGGAUGGAGUUUAGUUUGUGCCGCUCACAGUACUGAAACAUGCACCAUCCACAUCUCCUACACAAACAGAGUCCCUGUUACUCUGGAUAAUGUCUUCAGUGAAACUAUUGGCCAGAUGUAGUUCCUCUAAAACUGUGGGCAGUGAGGUCUGAGGAAAACGACCCCUCCCUCUCUGACCCGUCGACACACCUUUCACCAGGACUGUCUGCUGUUUCUAUAAAUACAAAUGUAAUAAUUUGAAAGAUGCCAUUAUCACAUUAUCAGUUGCAUUAAUUCAGCAGAAUAGCGUUAGGUUUCUGUCUGCACAGAUGGAGACCUUAUUUCAAUGUAGCCAAUCAAAUCUUUCACAAAACAGUAACGUCAGCGUUAAGGCAGAGCAGACGGUCACACCGAGCCAGUCAGCAGCUACAUGAGAGCCACAGACUCUGAACAACAACCACAUUAGCUUCAUGCUAACGUCUCUUCUUGUCUAAUUUACAAACAUGAACAGUCUCGUCCUGCAGCUUGCUGAAUGAGCCACCAAACAAACAUUCAGAAUCAGAAUCAGAAUCAGAAAGACUUUAUUGAUCCUGAAGGGAAACUCUUUGUUGCAGCAGCUCGUCUUUACGUCAGUGCACACAGGAGGAAGUACUAGCAAACAAUAUGAUACACUAUAAAACUAUAAAACAGGUCAGAACAUAAAUGAAGUAUCAUGUCGGUAUAAGUAUAAGAUAAACUAAGUGUCAAGUACCAAGUGGGUUUACUGGUUGAUGAUGAUAGUUCAGUGGGGAAAAGUGAACCUGCUAACGUCAGUUUCAGCCUAGUUAGCUAAUUAGCUGCUCAGCUGCAGCACAUUAAAGAUGGAGCAUGUGAUUCUGGAGAAAUCCAGUACCAUGAUACAGAACAGCGACACAGCAAGUAAUGUAAGAAUGUUAGCUAGGCUGUGGGUUAGCAAACUGCCCCUACAGCUGCUGCUGCUAAGCUAACAUCCAGAGAGGACGAGACGUCUCCCAGAGCAGCACAGCAGCUCCAGACAGCGACGCUCACAGAGCCGUGAACAAACACCGGAGUCGUUUUCAGCGCUCACACUGAACAGACAGCUAGCAGACCGAGAACUGAAUUAGACAAAAAGACGCAUACUGGAUUAGAGUCGCUGCCCCGCCUUUAAACAGCAUGUGAACUAAUGUCACUGUGGUCCAGUUAGAUGCUGCUGUGGUUCUCACUGUUGGCUACAGCGCAAGUUUGUUUACUUUGUUUGCUAAGCUGUAACAGCAGCACUCUGGCAGCCUGCCAGCUGCUGUCAAUCAAACACAGACAGGGACACGCCCCUCCAGCCAGCUACACGAAAAGCAGCAUUUCUGAUAUUUCCCCCAAAGUAUUUCUUCCUAUUAACUAUUAAUAAUACAUUUAAAAAUCAUCUUGACGUUAUUUUUGUCUACAAAAAGGAACUAAAUGUGAUUUCAGUUGAAAUGUACACAUUAUUAUCUAAAAUCAUAUUUAUAUCAACAUGUUUUGGUGCCAUUUGUAUCUGAAAAUAACUCAGUUAUCAUGUCUGAAGAGCAGGGUCCUGGUCUGCAGCCUGUUUCUGUAUAUUCCUCUUCUGUCAUCUACUCUGAAACUGUAAUGAGACAUCUUUGCUUUUGACACUUGGGUCAGAUGGACGGUCACUUCUUAAUCUUCACUGUAUGAACAUGAACUCUCAUGACCUGGGAGAGAAAAGUGUUUUAAUGUAAUAAAGAAUAAUCUACA